CCGACAACCUCGUCGGCUCCAUCUGCACCAACCACCCAGUCCCCAUCAGUGCUCCACCCCCCAUCCUCACCAGUACCUGCUGCUACUACUGCUGGUGGCGGCACUGGUCCUGGCGCUGGCACUGGCACUGGUCCUGGCAGGGCAAGUCCUCAGCGAACCCUGCGCAAACUGGCAUCUGCUCACAAUCUGGGCCACGGAUCUGCUGCGAGCCUCAGGGUCUCGAUAGCGAACCCACCCUCCCUGAUUGCCCAGCAACGCCUCCACCAGCAACAUCACCAUCACCAGCCACAUCAACUGCCCCCGCGCCGCAACCUCUCCCCUCGACGGAGGAAUGUGAGCACCACCGGCGGUCCUCCCCCCCUCAACAACAACAACAGAUCACCGACCCGUGGCAAGCGAGCCAGCACACUCGUCGACAAUCCUCCAAUCGCCCAUCAGCUGGAUGCUGCUGCAGCAGCCAUGUCCUCCAUUGCCCUGCGCAACAGUGGGGCUCUCGGCGGCCGCACUGCCUACGAUCACAUACCACUCGAGAAGCUCGUCCGGGACGGUCCUCCAGACGGCGACUGGGAAACCGCUCUCGAGUGUGCCCGGAUGAAGAUCCUGCAGCAGGAAAUCAAGAGCGACAGCGAUGGCAUGUCUAACCUGCGCAUCUACGUCUGGUUGAUCAUGCUCGGCGCACCCGUACUCAGCACCGACGACUACCUCGGGUUUGUCCAUCGCGGCGCCUCACCCGCCUACUCCAAGAUCCGCAACGAUACCUUCCGCACCCUGACCACCGACCCUCUGUUCCGCCGCCGGGUGAGCGAAGCCUCUCUCAUCCGCCUUUUGAACGCCAUCGCCUGGAAGCUCCAUGAUGCCAGACCUCCUCACCCUCCAACCAGUCGUCAGUCCCUCCCCGCCAGCCAAGAGACUCCCACCAGGGGCUCACAGGGCAUCCAGUCCCACGGGACCAGUCCCGCCGCGAAGCAUCGCGCACGUGCGCUGACACUCACCACCGAAGGUUCUGAGAGCAGCCUGGCCCCCGAGGCUGGCAUCUACGUGCAGGGUAUGAACGUCCUGGCUGCCCCCUUCCUGUACGCGGCACGCAGCGAGGCCGAGGCGUUUGUUGGCUUCUACCAGCUGUUGACCAAGGAGUGCCCGGGCUAUAUCCGCGGUGCCAUGGACGGUGUACACAAGGGUCUGGCGCUGGUCGACAAGGUCUUGGGCAUUGUCGACCCGAGGCUGAGCAUGUACCUUACCUCCAAAGGUCUUUCGGCAGAACUGUACGCGUUCCCGUCGGUCCUGACGCUGUCGGCGUGCACCCCUCCCCUGCCAGAAGUGCUGAGGCUCUGGGACUUCCUGUUCGCGUAUGGGCCUCACCUGAACAUCGUGUGCAUUGCCGCUCAGCUAGUCAUCCACCGAGAUGAAAUCAUGGCCUCCCCCAACCCCAGUCACUUUCUUCGAACCUUCCCAGCCUUGAACGCAGAGAAGGUCCAGGCCAUGACGCUGGCACUCUUGGCGAAACUACCGGACGACGUAUACUCUGAAAUUGUGUCGCAUGCAAUGUAACGGACGACGUCGUAAUCAACGUGGCACGCCUGCACGGCCAGGAGUGACCAGAUUUCAGCUUUCGGCGGCGGCUAUUUUGGGGAACCACCAUCCCGGAGGGUCGAGACGACGACACGGUCCGCGACGGAGACCAAGACGUGGAUGGGGAAAGAAGUGGGAGCAUCUUACGUCAGCCCGUCGCUGAAACAUCUUCGAGAAACAGUUGGUGGCGUGUACCGGAGACCGAGCCCACCACCGGGCGAUGGCUUUUGGAAACUGAGCUGACGUAGCAGAUAUGUUUGAUGAGAACGAGAGGACGUGUACGAUUACAAUACUACGACUAAUUGACGAAUCAUGAACGACUUGAAAGAGGGAACACAGCCCAACAAAGGGACGCUAUAUGCAUUAUCAUCGAGAGGAGUUUGCGUGUUUCGCUCG